CUCAAAACUUCUAGGAUGGCGCAUGGACUUCCAAAGCAAAACCUAGUUUAUCGUGGUCAUAUAUUUUUUUUUUUCAUGGACGCAUUUAAGAAUAAAAAUAAUUCUUUUUUAACAACUCUCCUAAUCUCUUUCUUGUUAUUUGAGGAAGGCCUCAUUUUUGACACGAAAUAAAACCAUUUUAGAUUUGUUGGAGCCACAGCCUAUGAAGUCUCCAUCUUUAUAAAUCUCUCUCCUCUCUCUCUUUCGAUAACUCUCUAACUCUCUCUUCUCUUUUUGUGAGUUACAGUGAUAGAAAAUGGAGAAGAAACUAGUGCCUUGUUUGGUUUCAUUUGUUUUGAUAUUGUGCAGCGUGUCUCAUGUUAGAUCAGAUGCAUCUGAUCAUCGUUACAAAGUUGGAGAUGAUGUCCCUCUCUACGUUAACAAGGUUGGGCCUUUUCACAAUCCCAGUGAAACAUACCGCUACUUUGAUCUGCCUUUCUGCUCAUCAGGUCCCACAAAGGACAAGAAGGAAGCCCUUGGUGAAGUGUUGAAUGGAGAUCGUUUAGUCACUGCCCCAUACAAACUCGACUUUUUAAAUGACAAGGAUUCUGAAGUUGCUUGCAAAAACACGCUGACAAAGGAACAAGUUGCUCAGUUCCGAGAAGCAGUUUCCAAGGACUACUACUUCCAAAUGUAUUAUGAUGACUUGCCCAUUUGGGGUUUCUUAGGGAAAGUUGACAAGGAAGGCAAGAAUGACCCUAGUGAAUACAAAUAUUACCUGUUUAAGCAUCUUCACUUUACCAUCUUUUACAACAAGGAUCGUGUCAUUGAGAUCUCUGCGCAAUCUGAUCUGAACAAUGUUGUGGACCUUACUGAAGAUAAAGAAGUCAAUGUGGAGUUCAUGUAUUCAGUUAAAUGGAAGGAAACAGAUAUAACAUUUGAGAAAAGGAUGGACAAGUAUUCACAAUCUUCUUCACUUCCUCAUCACUUGGAAAUUCAUUGGUUCUCAAUUAUUAACUCGUGUGUGACAGUUCUCCUCUUGACUGGUUUUCUUGCCACAAUUCUCAUGCGAGUCCUGAAGAAUGAUUUUGUCAAAUAUGCUCAUGAUGAGGAGUCAGCUGAAGACCAAGAAGAGACUGGGUGGAAGUACAUCCAUGGUGAUGUAUUUAGAUAUCCAAAGUAUAAGUCUUUGCUUGCAGCAGCAGUUGGCUCUGGCACCCAGCUGUUUACCCUUACAAUUUUCAUUUUCGUGCUUGCUCUAGUUGGUGUUUUUUAUCCUUACAAUCGUGGAGCUCUAUUUACUGCACUGGUUGUCAUAUAUGCUUUGACAGCUGGGAUUGCAGGCUACACUGCAGCCUCUUUCUUUUGCCAACUGGAAGGAAAAAAUUGGGUCAGGAACCUGUUGCUAACUGGAGCCCUGUUUUGUGGUCCUCUGUUUCUCACCUUUUGCUUUCUUAAUACCGUUGCAAUUGCAUAUAGUGCCACUGCAGCAUUGCCAUUUGGAACAAUAGUGGUGAUAUUUCUUAUAUGGGCUCUGGUAACAACACCAUUGCUGGUACUGGGUGGGAUUGCAGGGAAGAAUAGCAAGGCUGAGUUUCAGGCUCCUGUCCGCACCACUAAAUAUCCCAGAGAGAUUCCUCAGUUGCCUUGGUAUCGGAAAACACUUCCUCAGAUGGCCAUGGCAGGAUUCUUGCCUUUCAGUGCAAUCUAUAUUGAACUUUACUACAUAUUUGCCAGUGUUUGGGGUCACAGGAUCUACACCAUAUACAGCAUCUUGUUCAUUGUCUUCAUCAUUCUGUUGAUUGUCACUGCUUUUAUAACAGUGGCGUUGACAUAUUUCCAACUUGCUGCUGAAGACCAUGAGUGGUGGUGGAGGUAUAAAUUUGGCCUGGCUGAAGACCUCAUUGAUACAGCUGAUCUGGCAGCCACUGAAGCUACUGUUUGA